CAAAAACCAAAUCAUGACAACAAACGUUUGGGUGGAACAGGAGUGGCGGGACUACAAGCUGGUGUGGGAGCCGGAGGAGUACGGGGGCGUCGAGAUCCUACACGUGCCCUCAGAACACAUUUGGCUUCCUGAUAUUGUCCUUUAUAACAAUGCUGACGGGAACUACGAGGUGACCAUUAUGACGAAGGCGGUCUUGCAUUACGAUGGCCGAGUGACGUGGAAGCCGCCUGCCAUCUACAAGUCUUCGUGCGAGAUUGACGUCGAAUUCUUUCCCUUCGACCAGCAGACGUGUUUCAUGAAGUUCGGUUCCUGGACCUACGAUGGUUACAUGGUGGAUUUGCAGCAUCUCCACCAGGUACGAGGGAGCAAUCUGGUGGACCCGGGGAUUGAUCUGAACGACUAUUACAUCUCGGUGGAGUGGGACAUCCUGAAGGUGCCCGCGCUGAGGAACGAGAGGUUCUACCCGUGCUGCCAGGAGCCGUACCCGGACAUCUACUUCAAUAUUACAAUGCGGCGCAAGACUCUCUUCUACACCGUCAACCUGAUCAUCCCCUGCGUCGGUAUCUCCUUCCUCUCAGUCCUCGUCUUUUACCUUCCUUCAGACUCCGGUGAGAAGGUGUCCCUCUGUAUCUCUAUCCUGCUCUCCCUCACCGUGUUCUUCCUCCUGCUGGCGGAGAUCAUCCCCCCCACCUCCCUCGCCGUCCCGCUGCUCGGCAAGUACCUGCUCUUCACCAUGAUCCUCGUCACGCUCUCCGUCAUGGUCACGAUCGGGGUCCUCAACGUCAACUUCCGCUCCCCGUCCACGCACAAAAUGGCGCCCUGGGUCCGUAAAGUCUUCAUUGACCUCCUGCCGAAGUUCCUGUGGGUGGAGAGGCCCAGCAAGGAGGAGGAGGAGGAGUGCCCGGAGGAGGUCACGGCCGGCGGGGACACGUCCUUCACGCCCUCCAGCGACGGGUUCGACAAGUUCCCCUUCGACGACCAUCCUUACGACAUCCCGGCCAUCCCUCCAUCGCCAUACGACCGGGACAGGUACGGCGACGACCACCUGCCGCUGCCCGCCCCCGAGUGUCACGCCCCGGUGCACGCCCACCCCCCGCACGUCCCCCACGCCCCUCCCGAGGCCGCCUUCGUGCAGGAGCUGGACGAGGUGCGGCCAUACACGGAGCAUCGGACCCUCCGCAGCAUUGAGUACAUCGCGCAGCACAUGAGGAACGUGGACUCCUUCGGGGAGAUCGAGGACGACUGGCGGUACGUAGCCAUGGUGUUGGAUCGCCUCUUCCUGUGGAUCUUCAUGGUGGCCUGCGUCCUGGGAACCUGCGGCAUCAUCUUCAGGGCGCCCUCCCUCUACGACACGACUCUGCCCAUCGACAUCCAGCUCUCCAAAGUGGCCCAGCGGCGCAAGGACAUAAUGGGCCCCGAGGAAUAAUGGCUCGUUGUUGUAGCGUCUAUUGUGGUGUUGUUUUCUACGGGGCAGUGUUCCAGCCGCCACUCACCCGAUGAUGAUGAUGAUUGCGUGUGUGAGACGUUACUGAUGGUGGUGAUGGUGCUGGGGUUGUCAUGGUGAUGGUGGUGGUGGUGGUGGUGGUGAUGGUUCGCUAAGUACAACAAACUUGGGUAAUAAUGAAACGGAAACUUAGAACUGGCGUGGCAUAUGAGAGAACGAGAGAGAAGGUUUCACGGUAAAGCUUCCUGAGUCGCUGUGAGUCUGCGUAUAAGACAGACAAACAGACGGACAGGUAAGGGAGGAAGACGUCAGGUGUCCGCCAACUUAACAGACGCUUAAUUACUAGUACAGGUGUCCAAUCCAGGUGUGUACGGAUUGGCAAAGGCGCAGGUGUGUCGAGAAAGGAAAAAAAAUGCUCAAAAUCUCCAAACAAAGGUUAUUAGCCGCUAGAGUCCUGUGUUCAGCAUUUAUUUUUGUAUGUUAGGUGAUGUUUAAGGUCUGUAUCAGUUCCCGCAACGCCGCCGCCACACACCUGGGCCCCGGCAGGUAGACAGGUGUGUGGCAGGUGUCGCUUCUUCCCCAGGUAAACCGACGCACCGACAAACCUUUCUUUCGUUCCCGUGAGCCGAUCAAAGCCGACUCGAUUCUCCUUUUUUCUGUUCCCCGAUCCUUCGCCGCAAGAGUGUAUAGCAUUUAACACUUCCUCUAAAAGCAUAAGACGCUUCCGAGUCAUUAGGUGCAGGCGACUUAGGUGUUUAAAGGAAGGACAGGGAGUAAAUAAUAUAGUCCAGAUGGCUCCUUUGUUUCCUCCACCGCCCGCCACCUGCUCCUGACGCUCCCUUAGGACACAAAAAGGGCCGCUAAAGGGAGACCGUGAGAGGAGAGGGAGGGAGGGCGCUAACCGGCUCAUGGGCUAGCAAGUGAGUGUUCCUGAAAUGCACACACACACACACACACACACACACACACACACACACACACACACACACCUUCGCCCCCCUCCCCCCCCUCCUCCGUUCCCCAUGCCGCCCUGCUCCUGCUGCUGCUGCUAAUGCUGACCCUACUGCUGCAUCCUACUGCUGAAUCUACUGCUUCUGCUGACGCUUGUAUAGCCGGGCGGUGAGGGGGUCGUGAGGUCCCCGGGGAGUUCGGAAAUUGGGGGUUCGGGAAUUGGGGCGUUCGGGAAAUGGCGUGUCCGGGAAUUGGGGCGUCCAUGAAUUGGGAUGUCCGUAAAUUGGGAUGUCCGUGAAAUGGGAUGUCCGUAAAUUGGGAUGUCCGUGAAUUGCGGUGUCCGUGAAUGAGAUGUCCGUAAAUUGGAAUGUCCGUGAAUUGCGGUGUUCGUGAAAUGGGAUGUCCGUAAAUUGGGAUGCCCGUGAAUUGGGGCUUCCGUGAAAUGGGAUGUCCGUAAAUUGGAAUGUCCGUGAAUUGCGGUGUUCGUGAAAUGGGAUGUCCGUAAAUUGGGAUGUCCGUGAAUUGGGGCUUCCGUGAAAUGGGAUGUCCGUAAAUUGGAAUGUCCGUGAAUUGCGGUGUUCGUGAAAUGGGAUGUCCGUAAAUUGGGAUGUUCGUGAAUUGCGGUGUCCGUGAAUUGGGAUGUCCGUAAAUUGGAAUGUCCUUGAAUUGCGGUGUUCGUGAAAUGGGAUGUCCGUAAAUUGGGAUGUCCGUGAAUUGCGGUGUUCGUGAAAUGGCAUGUCCGUAACUUGGGAUGUCCGUGACUUGGGGCGUCCGUGAUUUAGGGAGUCAGUGGAUUAAGGAGUCCGGGAAAUGGGGCGUCCGUGAAUUGGGAAGUUUGGGAAUCGGGAGUUCGGGAAUUGAGGCGUCCGUGAAUUGGGGCGUCCGUGAAUUGGGGCGUCCGUGAAUUGGGGCGUCCGUGAAUUUGGGCGUCCGUGAAUUGGGGGCUCCGUGAAUUAGAGCGUCCGUGAAUUGGGGCGUCCGUGAAUUGGGGCGUCCGUGAAUUGGAGCGUCCGUUAAUUGGAGUGUCCGUUAAUUGGAGUGUCCGUUAAUUGGGGCGUCCGUUAAUUGGGGCGUCCGGGAAUUGGGGCGUCCGGGAAUUGGGGCGUCCGGGAAUUGGGGCGUCCGUUGGUUGGAGUGUCCGGGAAUUGGGGAAUCAGUGGCAAGGGAGCAUUGGUGAAAGGACGUCCGUGAGACAUGUCCGUGGCAGGGAAGGGCGUCUGUUGGCAAGGGUUUCUUAUCGCGUGGGUUCAGGUAGCUUGUAACGUCCCCAAAGACACACACACACACACACACACACACACACACACACACACACACGCACACACCUCGCUGUUCCUUCCUCUUACUUGCCUCCCAUUAUGCAGAACAGAACAAAAAACACAGAAAAAACACAGGAUACAGGACACAGCUCACAGGACACAGCCAAGGCCUCCCGUGUGUGUAUAGAAGGAUGGAGCAAGGCAAGGAAGGUAAAGAAGAAAGAAAUGAAGGAAGAGGAAAAGAUGAAAGGAGCGAAAAGGAAGAUGGAGAAAGGAAAGAGACCUCCAUGUAUUGGUAAAAGGAAAAAUGCAGGAAAAUAUAUAUGGAAAAGAAGGAAAAGAAAAAAAAGA